AUGCCUGUCACCGAGUUCGCCAUCCUCAGCCUGCGCCGGGGCCACGACCAGCUCGAGCUUCUCGAGACCCUCAUGCAGUGUCAGGAGCUCCAGGACGAAUGGAUGCACCGAAACCAGCCCUGCAGUGUCGAGCCCAACGUCAACUUCAGCAGCAUGUACUUUGAGCGGCCCGACCCCGACCACGCCCCCGCCCCGUCUCUGCUCAUCACCGCCCCCUGGGAGUCUGCCGAAGCACACGGCGAGUGGAUCCAGUGCAGGGAGAACCAGGCCUGCAACGGCAAGCUGUCCGAGUACCUUGUGCCGGGCUGCGACUCGGUCCUACUCUUCCACAUGGAGCCGGCCGGAACCCAGACCCAGAUACGGAGGGCCUUUUUCUCGCAAGGCACCUUCAACGUCUGCCGCAUAUCCAUCGACUCAAGCCAAAGAGACCCCCUGCAGCAGGCGUAUCGAUCAUUGGAGGACGACUUGGUCGGCCGGGGAGUGUACGACGAGGUGUGGGCAGGGUGGAAGCUGGAAACAUCAGGCGACGCGCACGACUUUGUCGUCUUCUGGAGCGACAACGUUCCGAGUGAGCGCCUGCGCCAUCUCAUGAGCUUUUCCGACAACAAGGUUCAUCACCGCUUCAGGCACGUCGUGUAG